GCCAGACAAUUAGCCAACUAAAAUCUCUGGGAAAAUAAGUCUGCCUGAUUCAUUUAAAAAUCACCAACACACACAUAGGUAUAUCUACAUAGGUGUUGUAAUGUAUGCCUUUAUUCAAAUACUUUGAUGCAGCCUACGCAAUAUUAAUUCCUUUUAUAAAGCACAAUGCAUAUGGAAAAUAUUUCCGUAUAGGAAGACGUGAUAUCCUAGUAACUGCUAUAUAUUUUUUUCUAAAGAAUAUUUGUAAUUAUUACAAAUAAUCGUAGUACUAACGUGAGAUCACUUGGUGAAAGAAAACGUUCAAAAUAUUUGUGUAUUCUGAUUCUUCAUUUAAAUAAUAGAUAAAUCUCAAUAUUAAAAUACAAGGAGAGAAUAUGGAAGGUGCAGCACGUCAUGCUCAAAGAUUAGCUGGAAAUUUUCUUGAAGAUAUGGAAGCAAUACAAAAAGCUUCUCGUGAAAGAGAUAGACGGGCAAUGAGUCAUUUUGAAACUAAUUCUAUUAGUUCAAAUAAUAUUUAUCCACCGCCAAUGGAUUGGGUACCAAGACGUCGAAGUUUAAGCGGAACACCAUUUAGAACUAGCUGUUAUCCAAUGAUUUAUUAUUCUUCAACACAACUUCCCAGAAGAAGAUCACUUUGUGUUCCACGGCGUCGUUAUUCAUUUUCCACUCAGCGAAAUGCCUAUAAUGAACCUAAUAAAGUCACUUUGGUUGGUAAAUCCAUGUCCAACUAUUCUCGUCCAUAUUCCAUAUAUAACAGUGCAGGCAGUAGUUUAUACCAAACUCCAGAAUCAAACGGUUAUUAUCGACCUCAUUUGAGACCAACGAUUUGGCGUGAUUAUGAAGUCAACAGGCCUAUGAACAAUGAAAUUUUACCAACAUCAUACUUACAUGCUAGUUCACCGCCAAAACAACAUAUUUUAUCUCCGAAAGCUAAAGUCUAUAUGAAGUAUCGAUCUCUUCAAAAUUUAAGUAAUCUAUACGAUGGUGCAGAUGAUGAGAACGGUAUGCCACGUGUAAUCCAUACAUCAUAUAGCCGUAAUUUUCCACUGCAUACUAGUCGUUUGGGUUCAGUGCCACCGUCAGCAGUUGGGACGUAUCGUUCAACAAUAACUAGUACAGAUUAUGGAUUGCCACCUGUUGUACAUCGAAAUUACAGAACGAAUCGGUAUAUUUAUGAAACACCUUAUUAUACAUCAACAUAUAGUAAUAUUGAACCUAUAAGAACUACUUAUACAAGUGUUGGACCAAGACGAUAUACAUAUUAUUAUCCAUCAAUUGUUACUACAAGACCAUUGUCGAGUUCAGGUUCGUAUAGUAACUUGUCUAGUGAUAUGCAAGCUGAGCGUAGACGAAUUGAACGUCGUAUGGACAAUUUACUGGAAUACAAAUUGCCCUCACCUGAAUACUACAGGGAAAUGAGGGGAUCCCUACGUGCAUUGAAUGACAAAUUAGAUGUUCAUCGGAAAAUGCUUGAUCGUUACUCCGGAAUUGAUAUGAACGCUACAACUGCAUCAGUACAAGAUCGAAUUGAAUCAAAAUAUCAACAACUUGCAAGCAGAAUGGGCCGUCGAACCACGGCUAUGGGAAGGGAUUAGUGUAUCCUGAAGGUAGUCAGACUUCUGAACUAAGGGGAAGAAUUAAACGUCUUUUGUGUCGUUCCCGACGUGAUCCACAUUAUUAUCGUUAUCUACCAACAGGAGUCGUAUAAAUACUUCAAUGAGACUAUAAUGAAUCCAUAUACUUGAUGUUUGAAGUGAUUAUUAUUAUUAUUAUUAUUAAACUUAUGUUAUAUUAUACCGCAUGCUUAUUCAAAUUAAUAAUCCCUUGAUUUUGUUCUUCAUGUUUUUAUUACUAUCUCUGUUGAACUCCUAUUUUGCCUUUUCUAAUCUGCAUUAUUCUUGUUAUGAUAUUUCCUAGUUAAUAAUUUAAUGAAGAAGAACAGUUUCAGCUUCUUCUGCAACACACAUGUUUAUUCCCAAG